AUGGAUACAUCGGAUAUUUACUAUGACGGUGGGCGCUUCCAACUGCAGUCACCGGAAGAAUAUGACUACAACCCGCCCUCCUGCCGCUACAGCGGUGACACGGAGCAGGUACGGAUCCCCAUGCCCCCUUGUGCCUCUGUCGAGCACCGGAGCAAGGGAACUUUACUGCCCUACGAUCUACCUCCCUGUCAGUACUCGAGGCCUGUUCAGACACAGACCCAGGAACAGGAAUACCUGACAGGUCAGGGUCGUGUACCGAACGACUACCAUCCAGGAGACAGCCCAGUGGUGGAAGGAGAGUCCCCGGCACAAGUGCCAUUCCCCUGGAUGAGGAGCUCCAGAGUUCACUCAUACCAAUCACUCCCAGGUGGUUAUUCCCAGAACGGGGACGAAUACAAGCGGAGCCGAACCGCAUAUAGCCGGGCUCAGUUAUUGGAGCUGGAGAAGGAGUUCCUCUUUAGCAAGUAUAUAUCCAGGCCCCGCAGAUAUGAACUAGCCACCACACUUAAACUGACAGAGAGACACAUCAAAAUCUGGUUCCAGAACCGGCGGAUGAAGUGGAAAAAAGAAGAAACGAAAAAACGAAGACCCUCUGACCACCAUGAACCGGAGUCUUCCAAUAAGGAUUGAUAAAACGUUAGGAUAGCAGCAUAUGACCCUGGGUUUGAAAUCCAGAUAAUUUGUUGCACGUGUCUAUAAAAUGAUAGGCCUAUAUGUGCUUAAACUUUAUAGCCUACGUUAGGCCUAUGCUGU